GCGGGAGUCAGCGGCAGCGGCAUGGAGUCAGCGGACGGGGCGCGCUAGCGAGAAGAAGAAGAAGAAGCAGAGCAGCGGGUCCGACGAGAGAAUGCGGCUCCGACGAAUGCGUCGAGAGCAGAUCCCCGAGUAGGGAGGGAACGGGGCACCUCCGGCUGCCGGCGAUGGCUGCCGUUGGGCAGGCCUUGUGUUGCAGCAGCAGUAGCUGCGGAGGAAUCGAUGCUCACGCGCGCGGGCGAAGCUUCGCGACUCGCGACGGUGGUCGACACUCUCUUCUUCUUCUUCGUCAGGCCCAGCGGCGCCCGCCGAUUUGCCGACUGCGCUGCGUUGCGGAGUCGGAGCCAAAUGAUUUCUGGACCCGAGUCCAGAAGGCCUGGCGCGUUUUGACCGGCACCACGUCUGAGCGACAACGCGUGAAACAAAGGUUCAACAAUUUGCUUGUAAGGGACCGCGGGUUCAGCUCGACCAAUCUUGCUCGACUUUACAAUGUGGCCAAAGGAGCCAUUGAACAACACGUCGACCUCGAGCCAGAUGAAGAAGCAGAGGUGGUGACAGCAUAUGUGGAAAGAGUUGGAGAGUUGAGACUCGACUUCCGAGUGAAAAGAGUUAAGAGUAUACUUGCUGAUGAACCAUACGCUGGGGUUCCCAUGUCCAUCUCAGAAAUUGGGAUGAAAUCUGAGGGAAGUGAGUUGGGCUCGGCGGAGAAGAGGGACGAAAAGGUACAAGAUCACCAGACGUACGAACAUCAGGUGGAUGCGAAUCCGAGUGCCGUUGCUCCUGACCUAGAAUUCGAUCGUGUACUACAAUCGUCGUCUGACCCGCAAUCUCUUUCGUCUGUGUCCAUCAUAGAAGAGAGCGCAAGGACGGCUGUCGAGGUGGAGAGAUGAUGACUGUCACUCAUGUAAUUUAUUAGUGGAACGUGGCACAUCACUUUGUUAUACCCGAAAAGGAAAUUGGGAUAGAAAUGUAGGUUGCGCGAGAAAGUAGAUUUUGUCAUAUCAUAACAUUCGAUGCGUGUCUUGGAGUGACAGAGUGUUACAGAUGCAUACAAUCGUUUCACUUUUUUUUCAAAACGACGACUGUUCGGAAGAUGUGCAAGUGAAAGAGGUAUGGAUUAUUAAUAUGUUACUUAUUGGCACAAAUUUGCAAUCCAUUUUUAACUGCAGACAAUCUUUCAUCACAAUAAACUUUGUUGCAUGAUUUGGACAAUAGAUUAUCGGUUUUAGUUUCUCAUCGUCGAUAUCUAUCAUCUAAAUACAUACCAAGUGAAAAAAUUGUCCAUCUAUAUUUUUUCACUUAGAUGUGCACUGUCAACUAGGGUUUAAACUAUAAAAUCCUCGAGAUCUUUAAGUUUACAGUGUCAAACUGUUAAAAAUAACGACAGAUGGAAUAGCAUCUCGCAUUGUAAAUUGUCAAUCUCAUUCAGCCGCGUCCACCAGAACAUUCAGUCGCGUGCACAAAAACUUUUUACAAAGACAGGUAAUUUUGUUGUAUCCUACCACUUCAGUCACGCUGUCUACUUCUCUGGCGCCGUGAGUGGACUAAUGUGGCUAAUCUGUACAACUGUGGAAAUCCAUUUACAUGCAGAAGAUCACGUCCUACUCUUUACUCUGUUACACAUUCUGGAAAUUUUCCUCAGUCAGUAUGGAUGCGUUAAAAGUGUGCACACUGACAAAGAGUAUAAUUUAUAGUUUCGCCAUGAAACUUCUGGAUACAUGACUUGAGUCUGGUCACAAGCUAAUAGUGAGAAAGCGAGAUUUCAGAACAAAUAAUUGUUUUAUUUCAACAAUACCACUUUCACCUUGACAGUGUGCGUAUCUGUUGUUUGUUGCUAUCUUGUUGGUUGUCAGGAAGGAAAUAUGUUUUGAGCUUCCUCCAGCCAGGCAAAAUAAGCUUUUUGAUCAAAUAAAAUAAAGUAAACCUGGC